AGCCAUGAUAGUCCCAGGAAUGACCGACUUAUUUUCGGUGAUUGAUUUCCCGACUCCAUAGUUACCAUGAUUCACAAACUUCUUUAUGAACGCAGUCUCAACGAACUUAUAGGCAAUAAGAGCCGGCUCCAGAAGGAAUGUAUCAGUAGUCUGGGUUUUAUCAAGAGGUUUGGACUUCACACCGAGUUGCAGUGUCAUGAUGGGUGUUAACUCACUCUCCUUCAACCACACAGGGGACAGAGUGAUUAGUGGAAGUGAUGACACGUGCAUCUGUAUGACAGAUAUUGUGGAGGGUAAAACUAUUCUUACUCACAGAACGGGACACUUUAGCAAUAUCUUCCAGACAAAAUAUGUGCCUAAUGUAGAGAACGAGAUGGUAUCAGCAGCACGUGACGGCAGUGUAAGACACUACCACAUCAGUUCAGGGGACCGGGUAACAGAGCGGGAACUUACUAAGCACUCCGGAGCAACUCACAAGCUAUGUGUCAACAACAGAAACGAAGUGCUGAGUGCAGGCGAGGAUGGCUGUGUUGCACAGACGGACAUGCGGACAGACAAGAGUAAUGUGAUUGUUGAGCAAGACAAAGCAUUGUACUCUAUUGAUACGGACUACAAUAACUACAUCAUACUCUCUGGGGUUUGUGGGCUGGGAAAAUGGGCAGUUCUUAUGAAAAAUAUGGCAAAAAUCUAG